AUGGGCCACCCUGUGAAGAAUACUGAUUUUCAGGGUGGAUAUCGUCCUCGGCGAGUUUCUAUCUCUCAGUACGAGCAGCUGAGCGCAGCUGCAGCAGAAGGUUUGAAAAGGGAGAGUUCCAAGUCCUCAGGAGCAAUCGGUGUGAAAUUGCCUCAACAGUAUCGUGCUAAAACUCCUACGACAAAUCUUUCCAAAACAGAGCAUGCCGUCAUUUCUCCAGCGAGCAGUGUUGGAGUGUCUCCUCCAUUGCGCUCGCCUCCACGUACCUAUGAGACGACGCUAGCAUCACCUCAUACGAGGACCGUAUCAUCACCGCCACCUGUUAUACCAUCGAAACGACGAGAAAGCGUGCCAUUAGUAACUCCUGGAUCGUCUGCCCCAGUACCUGCCACUAUAUACCUCGCGACCCCGAACGAAAAAGUUGUUCCCAGCUCUCAACACCUCGUAUCUCCACCGAUCUCAUUGGAAGAAGUUUCCAACAACUAUGAAUUCUCCUCGAAGCUGAUUACAUCACCGGAACAUGCUGGUUAG